AUCCUCGCUCUUCAGCUGAUCCAAACAGAUGGACCGUUCUUCUUGGAGAACGAAGCAGAACCGUAGGAAUCGGACACUUUGAGCGGAAGAGACAUGUACAACGGUUAAUAGUUCACCCCAGGUUUAAAGGGGUUCUGGUGAAUGGAGAAUAUGAUAGACCGCUAGAUUAUGACUUAGCCCUACUUCAACUUGACUAUCCAAUCAAGUUCGACGCAAAGGUCUUCCCAAUAUGUUUACCAAGCACAAAUAUCGACUUAUCUCCAGGAAAGCGGUGUUAUAUCAGUGGCUGGGGACGAAAUGGCUGGAAGGGGACUAGGGCCAAGAACCUAAAACAAGCUGCGGUACCCCUAGUAUCACGUGAUCAGUGCAAUAACAAGGAGUCGUAUAACGGUCAAGUACACAAGACGUCUUUGUGCGCAGGGUUUGAAGACGGUGCAGCUGAUGCUUGCCAGUCUGAUAGUGGAGGUCCGCUGUCCUGUGAGAAUAGAGGGCGCUGGUAUCUCGCUGGUGUGAUUUCGUGGGGUAGGAGAUGUGGAAGACCUCAUAAGUAUGGAGUGUAUGCGAACGUUCGAGUAUUGAGACCGUGGAUCAUUAAGACCAUCCAAACAAUAGAUAAACAGUAAUUGGAAUAGUUCUAAUCCGGAGUACGAUACGAUGAUUCGCAUGGGUCAACGCACUGCUUUUCUUAACUAGAUAGCGCAGUGAAUCUGAAUCAUCAUUUUCCAAACAUUGGUACACUGGUCAAAGCGCUCAAGCGAGGCGCCAAGGUACUUUCAAAGGGUUAUUCAAAUUUGAACCUUGCAACCUCGACUGAAUGCUUUGUGUUUGAUCGAUAUGCAAACAGACCAGCAAGCAGAAGAUGACGUUAAUUUAUGAGAAAAAUUUUAAUUUCGCGUUUGAGUUUAUUUUUUUGUUAUUGCAUGUUCAACUAAAUGCUUCGCUGUAAAUAUAUAUUAUUGAAAUAAAAGAAUAUAAAAUUA